UGCUGAAUGACGUGAGGAUCAGUCAGUCUUAAACAGUGACGCUCCCAUAGUGUAACACCAUUUCAGAAUUGCUCAAUCCAUUUUAAUGAAUUGAUUUUAUAAACAUCAUAUGCGGUUCCGUAUUCAGAAUACAAGAUACUUUAUAUUAAUGUAUAUCUCCAUAAAAAUAUAUUUUUGAUAUCAGUCUGUAUUUUGUUACAAAGUCUAUCUCAUUAUUAUAGAUAUUUGUAUCUCAGAUUACUGUUUUGGCUAUAGAAACAUCGAUAAAUCAAAUAUCACUUGUUUUUGCAAAUUAUCACGUGCAGUGUUAAUUAUAAGAUGACAUGUCUACGAGGGCGUUGUUCGUGUCAAUUUUCUAUCAAUUAUCUUUUCUUCUUUCAGUAAAAUGUCAGAUAAUCCCUGUUUUUCGUAUUUCAAUGGUUGUGGAAAUAUCUUAGACCCGGAUGAAGAUGAUGCACAAAUCGUACCAACACUUAAUCUCCUUAAUAUUAAUUACGAUAUAAAGCAAUAUGUAGGACCAUGGUGGAAAGGUGCCUGUUUCAGAAAAAGACAGAAUAAAACAGUUUUAAGUAACAUAAAUGUACAAUUUAAAAGUGGAGAGAUGACCGCCAUAUUGGGAAGUUCAGGUUCAGGAAAAACGUCUCUUUUAGACGUUAUAUCGUCGAGAUACACAGGGAAACUUUAUGGUAAGGUCUACUUCAACAAUUACCUUUGCACCGCAGACAUAAUUAAACAGUACGCUGCUUACGUCAUGCAGGCCGAUCGUCUGCUGCAUAACUUAACAGUUCGCGAGACGCUGAAAUAUUCUGGUAUUCUAAGACUUCCUGGAGCAUACAACGACAAAGAAAUCAAUGCUGAAGUUAAUCGCGUGAUAGCCGACAUGGGGUUAAAACACGUGGCAGAUUCAAAAAUAGGUGGAGCUGUAAUCAGAGGGAUAUCUGGCGGAGAAAGAAGGCGUGUCACUAUUGCUAUUCAACUUUUACAAAACCCAAAAAUCCUUUUACUAGACGAACCUACUACUGGUCUCGACAGUUGUACAACGCGUCACCUGGUUUCCAGUUUAUCAGACAUUGCCCACAAUGGAAAAAUAGUAAUUAUGACAAUCCACCAGCCAAGAUCUGAUGUGUUUAAAUUGUUUGACAACAUAGGACUUUUAAGUAUGGGAGAAAUAGUAUAUUUUGGAAAAGCUAACCAAAUGGUUGAAUAUUUUGGGGGACUUGGAUAUCCAUGUCCAACAUAUGCAAAUCCGUUAGACCAUUAUGUUGAUCUUGCAAGUAUCGACAGACGAGACCGUGAUUUAGAAGUAAGGACAUUUGCUAAAGUAGAAAAUCUCAUCAUGACCUAUACAAACUCGAUCAUCAAAAGAGAAAUGGUCCAGAACAUAGAAAAAGAGACCAUGCGUCCAACAACAAGAAGAACAAUGCUGCACUUAGACAGACCACAUUCACCUAUUGUUUUCACUGUUAUGUUUUGUCUUAUAAGAAGGAUGAUGGUAAAUUUACGAAGAGAUAGAUCUAUAUACUUGUCUCGUAUAUUGUUGUUGACUAUGUAUGUACCAUUUAUACUGGCUUUUCUGGGACGUUUAAAAGACAACCAGGAGUCUAUACAAGAUAGAAUGGGAUUACUUUAUCAGUCUACAAAUGUACCUAUGUUUGUUGCCGUCCUAGUCCCUGUGGCUGUUUUUCCUCCAAUACGAGAUCUGUAUUACAGAGAAUGUCGGGACGGACUGUAUUCAACUACAACCUUUGUUUUAUCAUACAUUAUACAUAUCAUACCAUUCCAUGCUGUAGCAAGUUUAAUAUUUUGUUUGAUUGUAUAUUGGGUUACUGGUCUUUAUCCGUCGUGGGAGAGAUUUGGAAUAUAUUACGCGGAUGUAUUCGCAAUGCAUUUUAGUGGUGAAAUAAUGACCAUAGGAAUCAUGGGAGUAUUUUAUAGUCCACAAGUUUCUCAAAGCGUAGCAUCACUGGUUAUAUCAGCAACAACUCUGUUUUCCUCAGGAUUCAUCAGAACACUGCCAGACAUUUUGCAAAUAUUUCAAUGGCUAAGUUGGGGCGUUGUAAUGAAAUAUGGAGCAGAAAUUGUAGUAGCUAAUGAAUUCCACAACCUCAAUAUCAGCUGUGUGGCAAACAAAGAAGGUGUUCCAUGUCAGUAUCCAAAUGGAGACAUGUAUCUAGACGAUUUUUAUCCGGACUCUUGGGAAAACAUGGAAAGGAACUUUUACGCUCUUGGUGGAUUUAUUGUGCUGUUUACUGUUCUGACUAUAACUGCAUUCAAUAUAAGAGGAAUACCAAACCUUCAUUAAUGUAAUUAUAAAAUAUUGAACUAUGAGGUAGAACCUAAUAACAUGUAUCAUUAUGUGAACUCAGGAUCUGUUUUUGGUUUGAAUAACUAAUAUAAGAUAUUUCUCUAAAUAGUUUUUAUGACACAAAGAGACAGUAAAAAAUCUGGGUUUUUUUCGCUGAUAAAGCAUGUCUUCUUAAUGAGAUAUUGCAUAUGUUGUAAAUAUUAUAAAAAAAUGACACCAAUUAAACAAAAAAUAUUAAAAUAUUGAUAUGUGUUUGAAAAAGGUGAAAUAUUGGAGUAUACUAUGAUUUGUAAUUUUUUUAAUUUCGUUAUCAUUGAAAUAUGCUAUUUGUUCACCUGGACAAUGCAGAAUGUAAUAAAACAGGGCUCCCUAAGUCUGCUUUCCUGGGAUGCUUAGGGAUAUUGUAUAGCAGAGGAAAUUUGAAUAAAACGAUUUAUCAAUUUACAAAAAAAAAAUUGAUAUGUGUUCUUACGUCGAGUUGUUUGUAUUGAGAAUAAUUUAUAUUUUUUUUUAGAAUUUUGAGUAAAUUUUUGAUGUUUGUACUGAAAUCGGUGAAUGACAAAUUUUGUUUUUUUGUUUUUAGAAAAUUUGUCCAAAGAAUAAGCUAAAUUGUGGAGUUUUCAAUUUUUCUAAGGCUAAACCAAGAUACGUAAUACAAAUGUUGACUCAUUUUUUAGUACUUUUAUUUAUAAUGUUGAUCCAUUUUAAACUAUCAGAUAAUGCAUUAACGACAUCCUCCACUUUAUAAUUGAUUAAUAGUCUAAAUUGGUUGGAAGUGGAAGAACGAAUUCAAUAUCAAAAGGCAAUAUUUGUAUUUAAACCAUUAAAGGAUAUGGUUCCUAACUGUAUACGAGAAAAGCUUUAUUUUACUGACAAUCAAAAUUAUAAUUUACGUUCAGCUGAUGAAAAUCUAUUGAAACUCUCGAAGCCAAAACAUUUUUUUUAAGAAAACUUUUAUAUAUUCUUGUUCUCAAAUAUGAAACAGUUUACCAAAUGAAAUAAAGAUGAGUAAUACACUUGUAUCUUUUAAAACAAAAUGUUACAAUUUGUUCAUGAAGAAUUCAGAUUAAUAUGCUUGUUCAUUGACAUCUAUAUAAAAUUGUAUAUUGUGUAUAUACCAUUAUGAUAUUGUAUGUACUUUAUGUAUAUGUUAUUAUUACUUAGAGGACUUCCAGGAAGAUUAGUUUUACCUAUGGGAUUAUCCUCUUGAAAUAAAGAUUAUUUAUUUAUUUAUAUAAUGACAAAAUUAUGAAACACCUUUAUUUCGUGAUGAUUAUACCGAAAUGUAACUUAAAAAACUAACCGAAGGGAACCGCGUAUUAUUACAUGAAAUAGGUAUAUAAGUAAAUAUCAGCUUGUGACAAAUGAUAACAUUGAGAUCAGUUUUUAUCUUGCAAUCAGCUUACUAUGAUCAAUUACACGUAUUGCACAAUUAACAGUAUGAGUAUACCAAUUAUCGAUUGCUUUGUUUGUAUACGGUAUACCGAUAAAAUCUCCUGGUUUCCUGCCUAUUUUUUUGAGCGAACGGUAAUAUUGAGUGCUAACGCCAUUGAAAAUUUAUCUAUAGUCAGCUUUGCCUAACGGAUUUGGAACCAUAGUUUCUUAAAAAUUUAUCAACGGAAAAUUCAGGAAACGUAUGUUAUGUAAAUCAUAACUGUAUACCGAAGCACCGACUACUGAGCUAGCGAUACCGUCAGUGAGUUACAGUCCACCAGCAGUGGUAUCAACCCAGUAUCGUCAAAAUAAAAAGAAGACGAGGUAAGAUUGCCAACUCUCCACCAGACAACAAAUGAAAGAAGCUAGCCAAUGGGAUUAACAUUGUUUUAACGUAAAUAUUAAGUAGCAGGAUAAAACAACAUUCAACCUCAGUUUUUCUUCCAGUUUCUGAAGCUGGUAUAAAUAAAUAAAUGUUGUUUCGUACAUUUUACGAAUAUUGUAUAAAUGUCAUGAUUAAUUCAUUGAUAACGGCUUUGGCUAU